ACUAUUGCACCUACUUACUACCAAACCUUGCUCUUGCAGUCAUGCACUGUACAUGCUCACGACCAAUCACGCCAGUACUAUACUGCUGUGCGAGUCUGCAGUUUGCGGGUGUCAUGUAUAAUAAUGACCUUCUGCCGCGCUGCGACCUUGCAGCUCUCUGGCCACCUGUCUCAAUGAUGUCUAUGCUUCGUGCUGACUAGGGUGGAUACUUGCGCCUCUGGUCGACGUCAUUGCUAACGUCUCGACAACGUGAAGGACGGCUGCAUCCCCCACUUACGCGCCAUGUACCUCGCGAGACCACUCAGGCUGGCGACUAACUGCAUUCACGCCUGGCCAAGCGCUAGCCUACCUGCAAUCAAGCCGUUGUGGGUGGGACUUCAGGUUCCGACGUACCGACCCCUACACACAUCAAGACCCUUGCGCGAUGCCGCAUCGACAGCAAAACCUCCGUUAUCCCCGAGGACGGUCAAGGCCGGCCUGAUGUUCUACUCUCCGCCGCCGGACGGGUCCGCCCCAUACACGCUAGUGAACAUGGACGCGGCUGGGCGGAUGGGCAACUGGGUACCCCAGGAGCACCAAGUCGAGAUUGAGGACAUCAGAGGGCGCGAGCAUGCGAUGAAGCUCGAUACUGCGGGCUUCCAGUUCUACACGGGUGCGCCCGAUCACACAUCGUUCACGGACGAGCGGGAAAUCAGGGAGCAGUACUACACGGAGAGCGUGGCGCUCAUCAAGCUCUUGACUGGUGCCAGUCAUGUCGUACCCUUCGACCACACCAUACGUCGUCGUCGUCCUGGAGAGCGCGAUGAUGCACCGACUAAGCGCCAACCCGUCCCGCAAGUGCACGUCGACCAGACCCCGCAAUCUGCCGUCGAGCGCGUGCACCGACAUCUCCCAGCCGCAGACGUUCCUGCUCUCCUCCAGAAACGCUUCCAGAUUCUGAACUUGUGGCGCCCGCUGGAGCACCCUGCCUUGGACUGGCCGCUCGCGCUCUGCGACUGCCGGAGCAUCGACCGCGCGAAGGAUGUGGUGCCCGUCGCGCUGCGCUAUCCGGACCGAGAGGGUCAGACGUACGGCGUGCGCUAUUCACCCAAGCAGAAGUGGAACUAUCUGCGAGCCAUGCGGCCGGACGAGUUCGUCUUGAUCAAGUGUUUUGACUCUCAGGACGACGGGAAGACUGCGCUGUUCACCCCGCAUACUGCGUUCAAUGACCCGAGCACGCCGAAGGAUGCGCCAUUCAGGGAAUCCAUCGAGCUGAGGAUGCUCGUGUUCUACUGAGGACGUGUGUCAAGUUGAGAUGAUGGCUUUACCCACGACAUUCUGUAAGACUACACACCUGGCUUUCCAAAACACCUACUCGCUUCGUAGGUCGUGUAAUAUGUGCACAUUUGAAGAUGCGCCGUCCACUUGAAUGCAUGCGUUCGCCACCUAUCCGACUUAGCUGGUGAGUGACAUACAUACCGUAUGUCGGCUAUAAUCACAG